UUUACAAGCGUGGCCGACGAUUUGAACUCGAGGCUACCGUGAAACAAAUCCAGGUAGCUGUCAGACCGGGACUCGAGCCCGGGACCUCUGUGCGAAAGGUCAUGGGUAUGUGUCCCUCCCCUCCCCCACCCUGGUAGGAAUGUUCUAUACUCGUGACGAUCAGUAUAUACUCCAAGUGAGCAUCAUUCGUUGGCGCCGCUUUACGGUCGGACGUUUGACGCAAACCCCAGUAAUGUAUGUAUUUUCUGAAAGCUUCAGCAUUGUAGAUUUCGAAGGUAUAUUCAUUAAAAUUAAGGUUUGCCGAAUAUAGCGCCCUAUUUCCCAAAAUACAGAGGUUCACUAAUCAAGCUCGUUUCCGACUGGAUUUGAGCGGGAGGACGCGAUUAACAUCGCUAUGUCUUCUUGACACCUUUCUCUAAAAAACGAUGUCGGGAAUCAGUGUUGAUUACUUGUCUGAUUUGUUUUUGAUACGCAGUUAAACUUUGAGAGUUGAUAAAACAUGCAUUCUUUUCACUUAAAUUGUCAUAACGUUUGAAAGAAGCAAAAAAAUAAAAAUUCCCCGACACAGUUUUUUGGCCUGAUUAUCGGACAACAUUCUCUCCAAAUUUCUCUCCAAAUCCAACUCCAAAUUUCCCUCCAACGAAAUGUUGAAAACUCGCCGGAAACGAACUCAAAAUGCGUGCUUCACUCGCUGAAAUUUUCGUUUCGAGAUACGAAGGAAAAUAUACUUUGGGGCGUUCUUCCGGUGUGAUGAGAUAAGUACACAGAAAGUGUGAAACGAUGACGCGUUGAUCCAGAAGUGAAGGCUCAUUUUACUUUAACAAUAGAGCUCGUAUCAUCCUUUGUAAGAUCUGAAUUCCACCACGGCCCAGGUUAGUAAGAAAAUAAUUUUCAAUUUUGUUUUUUCUUUCCGAUUUUCAAAACGUCUUAGCUUAGAGAUGCCGCAGACAAGGAAAGAGCGCACUCGCAAACAACGUAAAGGAAACCAACGAGGAACCGUUUGAGUUGAGAUGUUAUUGUUACCGUUUCGAACGGAGAACGCGCCAAGGGAGAUAUGCUUAGAGAAUGUCAAACGUCUUUCUCGUCCAGUGCAAGCAACCUCUCCUGCUCGAAGCAGGAACCUUUCUCACUAGCAGCUAGCGCAUCAGUUCUGAUCGAAUGAUUUUGAAACGUUUUUCCCCCGGCCUUUUUCCCCUGUGGUGCUUUCUUCGCAUUUGCAAAGGGACACGACCUUUUGCGUUUCUUCGACGACAUAUAACAGCUCGUAGACUACCAAACACACACGUUUGAUAAUCGAACUACGCCGCAUUCUGUCACGCGACUUUUUAAUGCAAGUUUACUUCUCGUGACAACCGGUUGACAUUUAUCAAUUAGAGGCCAUGAAUGUAAAGGAACGUUUUUCGUUUAUAACUUUGCUUAGAAUCAAUUUUUGUCCGUAUAAUUCUUUUAAAUGCAAGAACACCAUAAGAUCUAUCUGAAAAGGGGAACACAAUUUUUUUGAAAAAUGGUCAAUUUUGGGGUGUGCUGAUACUUUAAGUGACAUUCUGCGAUCCGACAUGAACAGAACGACAAUUUUAUUGAGAUUCCUAUUUGUAGAUAAAGUAUUAUCAAUCAAUCAAUCAAUCAAUCAAUCGAUCGAUCAAUCGAUCAAUCGAUCAAUCGAUCAGUCGAUCAAUCAAUCAAUCAAUACGUUAAUCGAGCGACUGAUAGAUCGAUCCGAUCAGUCGAUCGAUCAGGGUGGUAAAGGGGUUGUGCGUGACGCGUGAUUUGAGCAAAAAUUCGCCCGUGACGCGUGAAAUCAGCCAAAAUCUGGUCGUGACCCGUGAAUUAUUGCUCUAACGUGACGCGUGAUCGGCCUUGUUUGAGGACCGUGAUACGUGAUUCGGGCGGAAAUACACGUGAAAAUCAAAAUCCUCGUGAAUCCAUUUAUAAAAAAAACAAACCAGAAUUGAUAAACAUACAGUAUUAACUCGCCCUUUUUUUUGUCACGCCUGCAGGAUACGCUUCUGCAUGUAACUAGUCUCAAGUUAACAGAUUAUUAUUUCACAAUAAGCGCGCAGCAUGAUACAUGGUGAUAAAGCUAAUAUAGCUAAUUGUUAUCUCUACACGUGUCUACAGAGUUAAGCGUUUCGCGUUAGCAUCUUUUGCAAAUGGCAGCGACUAGAGAUUUGGAAAGUUCGUCGGAAAAAACAGUUAGAGCUGUCGUGUCUUUUUUCUUGGCAACGGAGUCUGGUCAAACUUCAAGUCAGCCACUCCAUAAAGAGAAGUUUAAUGUGCCGAUUUCGGAAAAUGAUCACAAGGAGCUUCGUAGUUUUAAACACCACCUUAUGCAGUUUACGGGCCUCGCGGACAUCGCAGUUAGCAAAGGUCUAGGGAAAAGCAAUGAAGACAUUCGAAAGCGCUUACGAAGGUUUCUGAAAGCCGAUGACGUGCAAAAUAAAGAUCGCAUGGCUGUCGAUCCGCUACUAAGGCUUUCUAGUCCUGAGGUUAUUAACACUUUAAAAGAGGUCGAUUACGUUGUCCACCAAAUCAUUCCUGAAAAGUACCGCUUUUCAGAAACCAACAAGGCUGGUAACAUGUUUCCUCAUCCAGUCGCCAUAACGUGUGGGCAACAUGGGAAACUGCUGUUCUUGGACUACAACCCUUUGAAAUCCAAUUGCCGGCUCGUAAAAGCUGACCUGCACAACCCAGUGCGAGUUAAGAUUCUGAAAUCCGACUUACAAGAGGCUCGAUCUCUUUGCUAUCUUAAUGGCACGGGCACAGUGAUAAUUUGUCAGGUUGAUACAGGAGCUUUGAAGAUAAUUGACUUGGAAGACACGAUCACAUUGAGACCCUCGCGACUGAAAGAUCGCGCAUCUUUGGUUGAUGAAUUGGGCAAGAGAGUGCUAUCGUGUACAGGAACAGUAAAGGAGCUUAAAGAAAGACUACAAUUUGAACUUCAGAAAGAAAAAGAGUCCUAUCAGAGUCAAGGAAAGGAUUUCGGGACGGUUUCCUUAGAUAAGGAAAUAAAACCCUCAAGUAUUUGCAGGCUCAGUGAUGACAUGCUUGCAUGUUCUUGCGACUCUUCAAAACAAGUGUUCUCCUUUGCAAUCCAGUCAAAUGGGCACUACCUUUGCGGUAAAGUAGUCGCAAUAUGCCAAUAUCCAGAGGGGUGUGAAAGUGUCCAUAGCAUGUGCUUCUCUAAUAACUUUCUUUUCUUGGCACAUGAAACGGGUCUUGCAAAGUUCAGCUUGGCAGCUAGCGUUAUGCGUGAAAACAUUGUCAGGAACAAUAGUCAAGAGUGUAAGGUUAUUCCCUCAGUUGCUCCUUUGCCAAACGGCAGAAUUGCUUUUACUGAUCAAGACAGCAGACAAGUAAAAUUGCUUGCACGGGGUGGCGAUGUUGUGGUAAUUGCUGGUACAGGGGUCGAAAGCAACAGAAAUGGAUCUGGAAGCCACGCUUCAUUUGGACAACCAAUGGGCUUGUGCACAGAGUGCCCCAACAUCUUUGUAACUGAUGGUCAGAUCGGCACUGUAAAACUUGUGACGACGAUCAGAGGCACAAUCGAAUUUCUAGAAAAUCUCGGCAAGUUCAAUCGUGCAUUUUCAGUCUAUUUAAAGCAUCAACCAAGAGAGGAGUACACAAUUCAAGAGGCACAUCAAAUGGUGAAGGAUGUUUCUGCCUAUGUAUAGUCCACAGUUUCUGAAGUACAGGCAGUCUUGAACUCGGAUAGGACAACGAACGGACCUGACGGUACUGUUGCCUCGAAAACUGUGAAGUCAACUGCACUUGUCGAGAAAGGCUUAGAAGAACUUCAUAACAAUUUGCGUGAAGUGAAUCCGGACUUCGAGCUAAACCCUGAAGUCUGUCUUACACUGCAAGUUGAGAAUUUCCACGCCGUGAGUCAUUUUAAGCAUCCCACACGUACCGUUUUAGAAUCCGCAAUUUAUUUCGGAAACACGACUCAUGAAUCACUGAAGCGUACAUCCUGUUGGUCAGCGUACUAUUUUACCCAUCCAGAGUAAUAUUACCCCGUUCCACAAAAUAGCAUUUCUCUAAGUGAUGUCCCUAAAAUGAGGCAGUUGCCUGCGAAUAAGAUGUCGGAAAGUGAUAAAGCCACAAUGAGGAGGUGGGCCCACGAACACGGCAAGGCGGUAAGGCAACUUACCGUCCGGCAGAAAAACACAAAGCAUGCCACCGGAACUCUCCCGUUGAACAUGUACCAGAAAGACUUGCCAAUUGGGGAAAGGAUUCCGGGCCCAGCGGUAUCUGAAACCGCUCAACGUAACACCGAUAUCAACAGUGAUAACUUUGAGACAGCUGCGCAAGAAUCAGAGUAUGAUUCUGCAUCAGAUGAAGAAGAAGAUGCAAGAGGAGAUGGAGAGCCUUUGAGAGAAGUAGAAAUCAAUGACGUUGAUGUAAACUUCCUUUCAAAAACAAUUCGCACUCGUUCUGGGAGGGCAAUCACCUUGUCGAACAGAGCGCUGUCUUCCUAUUCAUGACGAUAAGACUAGUUUAGUAAAAUGAAGAGUGCACGACCUUAGAAGAAAUAUUGCCCCGCUAUGAGCCGGUGAAAAUUUGUGGUGUCACCUUAUCAUUGUUUCAUUUUUGAAAUGGCUAAUAUUACGACUGAUUAUCUGUAGAGAACGCCUACUCUUGGCUCGAUUUAUUCGUUUUCCGGCUAUUUUGGCGAAGUUAGUCCACCUGAGUGAAUUGUCUUGCUAUACUAGGCUAUUAAAAACAGAAUACCACGCAAAUGAACGGAUCAGUUAAACCAUAAUUUAUUCAACGAAACAAGUUUAAUACGUGAUUCGUGAAACACUCUGAAAAACGUACGUGAUUCGUGAUUUGAAGGAAAAUAGGCCCGUGAUUCGUGAUUGGGACCCCUCCUUUACCACCCUGAUCGAUCAGUCAGUCAGUCAGUUAUUCAAUCACCCAAUCUAUCGAUCGAUCGAUCGAUCGAUCAAUUAAUCAGU